UCUGGAUCCCCGUCUCCCCAUGCUCAGACGUGUGGACAUAUUUGAGUAUUGCACUCACUGUUGAGGCCACUCCUUCUUGCUCACAUAGGAAGGGAAAUGUGGAAGCGCAACUGAAGAAUACGAGAAAAGAUCUACAUCUGGAGCUUUUAGGUCACAGUUAGCUCACAUAUGCCACUACUGCUGCCAAAACAAGGACUGCUGGGUAAUGGCUGCUUUCAGGGUUUUUCUCACUCUUGCCGUCUGUCUCCUACUGGGUCAUCAAGCAUUUGCCAAAAAUGAUGCUCCCUGCCAGCUCUCCAGAUGGAACAACGGCUUCAGCACCUUCCGCAAACGCCACAUUCGCGCUGGUACUCCUACUUCUCUGGACCAGAACGAAUGGGAGAAGUACAUCAAGAAUAACGGUGGCUGUGAAAGACCCACCCAGUCCUUCUUGCACCCAAGAGACCUGGACAGGGUGAAGGCAGUGUGUACAAACCAGGGGGGGGCAGUGUAUAAGGACAACCUGUGCAUCAGCCGGCAGUCUUUCACUUUUGUCACGGUGAGGAGUGUACAGGGGACGUGUGGGAUCAAGAGAGUCCAAGAGGAAAACAAACAUCUUAUCCUGGCCUGUGAGGAGCUGGACAAUCAAUGCCUGCCGGUGCAUUUUGAGGGAAACCCUGAAAAUGCAAAGCCAAAUAACAACGCCAAAGGCUGCCAGGACCCAGGCACUGCUGAUCGGGUUCCAAGCCCUGCUGGUCAUGCUCCAAUGUUUAAAAUGACGUGGCUCUGGUUGUUUUCUGUUAUUCUUGUUAUUAUUUAUGGCUAUCAAAAUUAAUCUGAGAAACUAAGAAGUCCCAUUUUCGUUUUGAAAAGUGCUUCAAAACAGCGUUUUCUAUUCUUAUUAAAUCUCCAAGAUAUAAAAAAAAAAAAAAGAAGUAUUUUCGUACCACUAUUC